AUGACAGUUGAAGAUUCUCGUCCACGAAGUGCAUCAAAAUCAAUAUUAAAUAGUAUGACAACAAGUGUUGGCCGUUUUUAUGAAAAAAGACAUCAAUUAUAUGGUGCUCUUGAUCAAUAUAGUAAAGCUUUAUCAUCAAAUCCCGAUGAUACAGCUACUUAUAUUGAUCGUUCACGUGUUUUUCUUAAAAUGGGUAGUAUUAAUAAAGCUCAAGAAGAUACUGAUUUAGCAUUAAAUUUAAUUGGAGAUACACAAAAAAAUUCAAAUCUUCUUUUUUAUUAUGUUUGUUUACAAAAAGCUGAAGUUUUAUAUGCAGAUGGUGAAUUUGAAUUAGCAUUAAUGUAUUUUCAUCGUGCUAAUAAAGUUAAACCAGCACAACAAACAUGUAUUGAAGGUAUUCGAAAAACAACAGAAAUUCUUGAAUGUACUAUUUGUAAUCCACAUAUACAUUUAACAAUUACAAGUAAUUUAGCUAAUAUUCAAGAUAAAGAAAUAAAUAAAACAAAUUUACUUAAUCGACCAUCAAUACGAAAACCAUUACCAUCAAUUGAAAUACCAUUAACAGAAUAUACUGAUAAAGAAGCAAAUCGAUUGUUAAUAGAAGUAGCAAAAGAUCGUAAAUUAUUAAUUAAUCUUUAUAAAGAUAAACAACCUUCAGUUGGUUUUACUGGUUUGGAUAAAGCAAAAACUGAUGCACAUCAAGCUAUAUCUAUUAUUGAAUCUCAACUUAAAUUUCUUGAUAAAGCUGAAUGUUUACGUAUUGACGAAAAUCGUACACGAGAAAAUAUUAUGUGUACAUCAGAGACAGAUCGAACAACUCUUGCUCGUAUAGCUGAAGAAGAACUUAUGUAUCUACAAAAAUUACCAUCAAAAGAAAAGAGUAUAGAAAUUCUAUAUCGUUCAAUGAAAAUUAUCAAUUGUCUUCAUUCAUCUGAUAGUAUAAAUAAUAUACAUGAUCUUCGUAUACGUUUAAUGCUUGCUGAAGCAUAUCGAUUAAUUGGACAAUCUUAUAAUGAAAUAAAAUUAUUUGAACAAAGUUUUGAAAAUUAUAAACAAGCAUAUGAAAUAUUAUUACCAUUAAAAGAUCAAAGUUGUCUUUAUCGAUCAUUAUAUGAUAUAGCUCGAAGUUUAUUAUUAGGAAAUAAAUAUUCAGAAGCAAUUAAAAUAUUUAAUGAUAUGCUUAAUAAAGCAAUAUCAGAUAAUGAACGUGCAUUUGUUUAUCAAUAUUUAAGUUAUUGUUAUUUAAAUUUAAAUAAUUAUGAUCAAGCAAAAAAUUAUGCAUAUGAAUGUCUUGAUUAUGCAUCAAUAUCAAAUGAAGAAUUAUUACGUAUUGAAGCAAAUAUAUUAUUAGGUAAAAUUUAUUUUCAAUUAAAAGAUUUUCAACAUUCAGAAGAAUAUAUAAUUUAUGCACAAAAUCUUAAAGAUCAAUUAGGUGAUUUAAAUCAAAUGAAAUAUCUAGAUAAUUUAAUAUGUAAUAUUAAAAAUCAUAAAGAAAAUAUUUUUCAAAAUCAUAUUUCACCAUUUGUUCAAUAUGAAAAUGAAUAUUUAAAUAAAAUAAAUCAACAAUGGAUAUCAUCAAUUAUGGAAAAUAAUCAAAAUAAAGAAAUUAAUUUAGAAAAAAAAUUUUUUGAACAAUUUAAUAAUAAAAAUAUACAAAAUUGGCGUAUUCUAACACCAUAUUAUCGUCUUUUUGAUAUAUGUAUUGAACGUAAAAAGAAAAUUCGUCGAAAUAUAGAUGAUCAUAUCAAACAACCAAUUACAAAUGUUACUAUAUCUUAA